AAGGGGCCCGAUCACAGAGACCGGGUGAAGCAGUUCGUGUCGCAGGUGGGGGUUAGUGGCCGUACUUUCCUCUUCCUGGUCUCGCUGCUUCCCAUGCAUAACAUAUAGUCUCACACGCGACAAACGAUGUGGCUCUGAGGUGGUCGCUCUGGAAAUCGGUACCGGAAAGCGGGACGGACGGAAAGUGGGGGAGACAUGGAGAAGGAGUUCCGAGAAAUAGACAAGGAGAAUGGCUGGAAUUCGUUUUAUGGGGAUGUAAGAAACGAGUCUCCUUCAUUGCCCAUCAAAGAAGCAAAGAAUCCUGAAAACAAGAAUCGUAAUAGGUACCGUGAUGUUAACCCAUAUGAUCAUAGUCGUGUCAAACUUGAAAAUGUGGAGAAUGACUAUAUCAACGCCAGCCUUGUUGUUGUUGAAGAAGCGCAAAGGAGCUAUAUUUUAACACAAGGUCCUCUUCCUAACACUUGCUGUCAUUUCUGGUUAAUGGUAUGGCAACAAAAGAGUAAGGCAAUUGUGAUGUUGAACCGAAUUAUUGAAAAGGAUGCGGUAAAAUGUGCACAGUACUGGCCUACCGCAGAGGAAGAGGUUCUAUUCUAUAAGGAAGCUGGGCUUUGUGUCAGAUUGCUGUCUGAAGAUAUUAAGUCUUACUACACCGUCCGAGUACUACAGUUACAAGAUAUUAAUACUGGAGAGGCAAGAGAUAUUUUCCACUUCCAUUAUACAACUUGGCCAGAUUUUGGGGUACCACAAUCUCCAGCUUCAUUCCUAAACUUUUUGUUCAAAGUACGAGAGUCUGAUUCACUUAGCCUUCAAAAUGGACCCGCUGUAGUUCAUUGCAGUGCAGGAAUUGGACGCUCUGGGACGUUUUCACUGGUUGACACCUGUCUUGUCUUGAUGGAGAAAAGAACAGACCCGUGUUCAGUUGAUAUUAAGCAAGUUUUGUUGAAUAUGAGAAACUAUCGCAUGGGACUUAUUCAGACUCCUGGUCAACUGAGAUUCUCCUACAUGGCAGUAAUCGAGGGAUCAAAAUAUAUAAUGGGUGACUCAAGUCUUCAGGGCCACUGGAAGGAACUCUCACAAGAAGACCAAUGCCCGAAAAUAGACCGUCUUUCUCCCCAAAGGCAGUCUGUUGAGAGGUGUAAUGGUAAUAGGCUCUCAGACCAAGGAAAAAACAAUUCAGAAUCCUCUAUUAAACCUCAGGAUGACGGGCAAUGCAAACCAGAAAGUUCAUUUCGGAGGAGGCAACAAGAGGACCGAAAAGCAAGUACAACCCAGAAGGACCAUAAUAAAGAACUCUCAUAUGAUGAUGAUUCCAUCAAAGCAGACAGCUAUUCCUCUCUCCAAAGACAGCCUGGAGAGCGGUACAAUGGUAACAGGCUUUCAACAGAAGACCAAGAAAUAAAUGAGAAUAAUUCAGAAUCCAGUGUCAAACCCCAGGAUGUUGUGGAUGGCAAUGCAGAAAGUGUAAUAAGGAAGAGGUGCCGAGAGGACAGGAAGGCAUGUACAACCCAGAAGGUUCAGAAAAUUAAGCAAAUGAUGAAUGAAGUGGAACGAAAAAGAAAAAGGUGGUUAUACUGGAAACCUUUUCUCAUUCCAAUUGGUUUUGCAACAGUGGUGUUAUCAGGUGCAUAUGUUUGUUGGAAAAUGUAUGUUCCGUGACCUGCCUUGAUUACGGUGCUUGGAGUGGGGCGAGUCUUACAAUAAAUGCCCUAAAAUUUGUUCUCGGUGCUCUGACUGGUGCAAGUCAACCCCUGAGACUUUUUCUUUGAUGGUUCUGAUCACUGAAAUCGUAUUCCAUCAUUAUCUCAGGACUUGUAUUGCAGCUAAUUUGGGAUUUUUAAUGUUCCUUAUAAAGCUGCUACCUUUUGUAAAGAGAGAAACGGAUCAAUUGUUUGUAUUCCGAUGUAUGCUUUUUGUUUCAUUAAGUCACACCAUACAUUGUAAAAAUGUUAUUGUUGUCGACAGUAGACUUUAGACCGUUAGCUGUUACUAAACUACAACUUCCAGCUCUGGCUUUCAAGAUGCAGAAUGGGUGCCUAGAGUUGAGGUUUCCCUGAUAGUGAGUGACUGGUAUAGUUAUCUGUGAUCCAAAGUGUCAUUUAUAUAUGUAUUCUGUUUAGGGCAACUUCCAAUGCCAUUAAGUGGAACCAUUUACUUAAUUUAAAUUAGACGUGCACCCCUCCUACCAUGUAUGAGUUGGGUAAUUCUAAAUUUUUGUAAUGAUGUUAUGUGACCUGAUUGUUAUAUGCAUUCAAUGCUUUAUUUGGAUCCUUUAAUUUAAGAAGCAAAUAUGAUUGUAAUGUUGUGUUUUCAUUUAAUAUCAUUUUUUAUCUUUGAAUUCCAUUAGCUGAAUUUCUUGAGGACCAGUAUAUGGCCAUUAAAGGGGUGCUGUCAUAUUUCUGCCAACGUUUUUUUUUGGGGAUUUUAAGCUUGGUUAUGCACUUUGGCACAAAACUUGUGGUCCUGUGCAACCCCUUUAGUUUGCUGUGUUUUUGUUGCUCUUGAAUCUGUUGAGUUUGGCAGUUCUGAUGAAAUCUUGUAGGUAGAAGAGGUGGAAGGUAACAAGUAUCUACCAUGUCUUAUGGUUUACACAAUGGACAGAUGGCAACAAAAUAAAUUUUUUCCCCUCAUAGGGGCUUUUGGGGCAUAUUCCAGAGCUGAAAAAAUGCACUCCUGGCAGAUAAAAUCUUAUGUUUGGUGGAAUAAAACAGCACCUCUUUAGUGUAUUACAACCCUUUAAAAAGUCCAGCAAUUCAAGUAAAGAUAACUUCACAUAUUUGCUAAAUGUAGCGAUAUAUGACCAAUUUACCCAGUUGAUUUCUUUCUAUACAAGAUGUUUGUGGUUCAUGAAGCUAGCAUAGCCGUGAGGCAUAUGUCUAUCAAAUAACUUUAGCAAUAAAUGGACUGGGAACUGUACAAAACUGCAGUAACGUAACAAAAGAAAGCAAAUGAUGCAUAUUAUUGUAGUUGUGGAUUUUCACCGAUUUUAAUAAUAAGACUUUUAGCUGCUUCCCACUAAAGUUUUUAGCUGUUUGCUUUGUUGGAUUUAACAUGGUUAGCACACUUUCAGCUUACUUUAAAUUUAGGACUAGCUCAAAAAAUGGUAGAAUUGUUCGGUUGCAACACUUGUAGAUGCUUUGACAUUACCACCAGUUGGGUAUGUAACGUUAAAAACCUCAUUUUUAUUUUGUAAUUUUAUAUCGCUUUUUUUUUUUUUACACUGUUUGCUUCAGACCUGGGACUUUUUACCAUUCUUUAUUUGUCAUAGAUGGUCACUAUUGUGACUUUUUGUCAUCUAUCUAGGAUUAAUAAAGUUAGCAUUGCCAUAUGAGUCUAUAAGAAACUCAAGCUAGUCAAGAGGAUUUGGCAUCUUAGCCCAACUUUAUUAGGGAGGUUAUUUAUGAAAGGUCGAGUUGUGUAUUUCCCCAAAAAGUUUUUCGAGGGUAGUUUCAGUAAAAAAAAUUUCAGGGUAAAACAAAAAUCUAUUUUUUUUUCUAGAUUAUUUAUGCUGUAAAAAGCUUGAUUCCGAAAAUACUCUGGCUAAAGAGAUCCCUUGAACCAUUUGAAGAUGUUUUUAGCCUUCAUGAUUUUUUUUUUUUUCCAGUGGUUUGCGCUUGAAAACUCAAUCAAUUUGAGCUAUUGGAGGUUUCGUUUUUUGCCGAUAACUUGAACAAUUCGAGUCCCUCCCUAUUGCAUUGACUUGAGUUUUUUUACAUUCAAGUUUUUUCAUAAAUAAAUAAGUUGUGAGUUUAUUCUAGGUAGAAAAAAACCUCACAAACUCGACCUUUGAUAAAUAACCCCCUAAGUGUAUGUAACCGCCCGUAUCUUAUGCUAGUUAUAGAUGGACGUUUAGGUACCAUGAUCCUAGCAGAGCUGGUGAAAGGCAGAGGGGAGUGUUUUAUCCUAAAAGUGGCGGUGGACAAACACCUCUAUGUGCCAGGAGCCUUAGAACUCACAACACUGUCCUAAAGUAGGGUACUGGAGAAUGACUGACUGUGUACAGAUAAUACAUUAUCUUAAAGAACAAGGAAACCAUAAUUAACUGGGGUGAUAUUUGACUGGAUAGCAACACCCUCUUUCUUCAUUUAUCAGAUAUUCCUUGCAUGAGUUUGGGGGAGAGGGGUGCAAAUACAGUGCACUAGAACUGCUAUACUGUGCAAACUCCUUGAACAAGCCCAAGCUAGGAAAACCUGGCAAAUAAUAAACGUUAAUGUGGUGCUGC